AUGUUGAGAUACGCGGCGGCAGAAAGGAAUCAAGAGGUGAUUCUUCAGGUGUUGACAAAUGUGUUGAGAAGUGAAGGCAAAGUCGAUCACAAUCUCAAUGCUUUGGAAAUUGGAAGCGGUUCCGGACAACACAUCACACAUUUGGCCAAACAUUUGCCUCUCAUUCGAUGGCAACCUUCAGAUGUGGACACAAGACUUUUUGAGUCGAUCGGAGCCCAUAUCACACGCUCGGGUGUGACCAAUGUUUUGCCGCCACUACAGUUGGAUGUGUCCGCACCCUUCAUUCAAUGGCCAAUCCCUGAAUCACCAAAACUGGAUCUAAUAUUGUGUAUAAACGUGAUCCAUAUUUCUCCGUGGAAUUGCACUGUAGGUCUGUUUGAGGGAUCGGCCUCUUUAUUGGCGGCCAAAAGUGGUCUUUUGGUGACAUACGGCCCGUACGCCACCGACGGUGUGUUGAGCCCCGAAAGUAAUGUCACAUUUGAUGCGAGUCUGAGACGACAGAACCCCGAGUGGGGCGUUAGGGAUAUCCGAGACCUGAAAGUGUUGGCCGCAAGCAAUGGCCUAUCGUUUGUAUCAUCGCAUGAAAUGCCCGCUAAUAAUAAAAUAUUAGUUUUCAGAAAACUUUGA